CCCAGCAGAGAAAGCAGCCCGCCUCAACUCUCCCGACCAGCGGAUCAGCAGCGACCGUGUCUGGCAGCAGUGGCUUCACACGCCUUCACACACUCACUCACUCAUGGGCCUGCAUUAAACUUCACCAGCCCUCCCUCACAUGGACAGCACCAGCAGAGGAAUGGACAGAAACGGCACCAAAUCGAUGGAGGUGUUGGUGAGUGAGCUGGGUUUACUGCUGAAGAUGCUGGACCAGGAGAACCUCAGCUCCUCCACACAGGAGAAAAAGACCUCUGUGCGGAACCUCCUGCAGCAGAUACAGCCAUCAGUUUCAGGAACAGACUACAUCUACAUGAACUCGGCAGUGUACAGAAAUGGCACCAGCUUUGUAGAGUCUCUCUUUGAGACAUUUGACUGCCAGCUUGGGGACCUAAAGGAUGUUACCGAUGAUCUUAAAGAAGACAAGAACCCACAAGCUGACACUUUAAAACAGCAAAACUGUUCAGACUCUCCAGCCCCGUACUCAGCUGACUCUCCUCCCCCCCUGCCCACAACACCUCCUCCUGAGGAGUACUAUGAGGAGGCAGUGCCCCUCAGUCCUGGCAAGAUGCCAGAGUACAUCAUCACACGAGUCAGGCCAAGCCCUCCCAACUCUAUAGAGGAUGGGUAUGAAGAUGCUGAAAACAACUACCCUGCAACCUGCAUAAACUCACAACGCAAAAACUCAUACAAUGACUCAGAUGCUCUGAGCAGUUCCUAUGAGUCCUAUGAGGAGGAUGAGGAAGAGAGGAGCCCUGGCAUCCGACUCACUCAUCAGUGGCCCUCAGAUGAGAGCUCCAUGCCUCCUGCCAGGGACUGUCGCAUCUGUGCCUUCCUGCUGCGCAAGAAACGUUUUGGCCAAUGGGCGAAACAACUCACUGUCAUACGGGACAACAGACUGCAAUGCUAUAAGAGUUCUAAGGACACAUGCCCCUAUGUAGACCUGCUGCUGCCCCAGUGCACUGUGGUCUAUGCACCCAAAGACAGUAAGAGGAAGCACCAUGAACUCCGGUUUACCUUACCCAAUGGGGAUGCUCUGGUGCUGGCGGUACAAAGCAAGGAGCAGGCCCACAGAUGGCUGAGGGUUGUUAGAGAGGUGAGCGGUCAGAGUGCAGGGCCUGAGGAAUCUGCGUCUCCCAUCAUUCCAAGAAAAAAUGAACUUGACAAGAGGUUGUCUGCCGAGAGGAACACAUCAGACUCAGACAGUGUGGGUGUGUCAACUGGAGAGAACUGCAGAGAGAACGGCAAAGUUAAACGAGGACCUUUUGCUGCGGGCCGAAAAAUUACACGAAUCAUCAGCUUCUCCAAGAAGAAGCCCCCUCGGCCAGGAGAUCCCCGGAUAUCCUACAGCGACCCUCGACAAGGCUACCUGUCAUUGCUGGUGAAUCAAGUGUGGCGGGAACAGUGGUGUUGUGUGUGCAGAGGCUCCCUGCACUUCUACCAUGAUAAAGGAGACCCUCGGACCUCCAUGCCUUCACUUCCUCUCCAUGGCUGUGAGGUGAUGCCAGGGCUGGGACCCAAACAUCCCUUUGCCUUCCGAAUCCUACGGAACAGUACAGAAGUUGCUGCUCUGGAGGCUAGUAGCUCUGAGGAACUUGGAAGGUGGCUCGGUGUCCUCCUGGCAGAGACAGGCUCCGCGACAGAUCCAGAGUCACUGCAUUACGACUACGUUGACGUGGAAACCAUUGCUAACAUCCGCGACGCUGCGCGGCAUUCCUUCUUGUGGGCCACAUCCUCCAGCAGUACCUCCACAGACUCCAGAACAUAUGAUGAGGUCCCUAAUGAGGAUAUGCAGUCAGGGGAGAACCGCAGGCAGCAGUCUGGGAAUCAGGGGAAGCGGCGCUCAAGUUUCUCCAGCAGCGAUUCUGACAGAACAAAGCCAUUAGUCUCCCUCAAACGAACAGGCUCAAAUGCCAACCAAUAUGGAAGGUAUGGGAAAACACGAGCUGAAGAGGAUGCCAAGCGUUACCUGAAAGAGAAAGAGGAGCUGGAAAGAGAGAGGGAUGGAAUACGAAAUGCACUAGUGACCCUCCGACAGGAGAAGAGAGAGCUGAAGGAAGAGCUGAAGACGGCCUCUGACAGGAGGAAGUCCUCUCUGAACAAGCGCGUGUCCCAGCUUGAGGAUGCCUGUCGCACUAAAGAGGCUGAGAGGGUGGAUCUGGAGCUCCGUCUUACUCAGGUCCAAGAAAACCUCAAGAAGAGCCUGGCCGGUGGAGCGCUUGGUGCACCUGUUGACGCUAAACCCCCCAUUAAGGCCUCCAUCAAAAAGACACAUAAUAUCUACAGUGAGUCUUUACCAGUAAACUGUGCCUUAGAGAUGCGUAGAAGACCCCCAUCUGUUUAUGCUUCUUCUUCAGGAACUGUCAUGCAGAAGGCAAAGGAAUGGGAGUCAAAGAAAGGAACCUAAGAGUAGUAUCAUGGAAAGGACUGCAGACAGAAUUAAUGGAUAUCAGCAUCUGUCCGUUGUGACAUUCAGUCCCACUAAGAAUAACCUACCAUCUACAUCUCAAAUAACAGAUUUACUUCAUUUUGUAUUACAGAGGAAAUAUACUGUAAGGAAAUAAAUUGGCCACUAGAUGGAGGUACAUCUCACUGAAUAUUUACUCUGCUGUCUGUAAAAGGACUACUCCAAAUGUGAGGAAUCCAAAGACUAGUUGAAGAAAGUUCACUGUCUGUACCCAAGUAUUUUUAUCGUUUCUGGUGGCACAGAUUCAAAUGUGGCAAACAGCAAAAGAAAGAAAGCAGAGUUUGUGAAAGAAAGAUACAAGAAAAGUGUAUUGUAAAGCACAGUGAGUUGUAACAGAAAGGCCAUCCAGUGCUGCAUAUGGUGAAAUGUUUUAUUGUUAAGGUGCCAUGUGAGAAAUGUGAUGUGUUUGGAAAAUAAGAGGAUGGAGGCCGUUUAAGCCAUGAUGUUCCUUUUACAUAAUAUAAUGUUUUUUUCUGCCUGUACAGAGUGAACUGUGACUACUGUUUUGUAUGUUUUAUACUUUUAUAAUGUUCAAGGUUUCAUUUUUCAUCAUCAUAAGACAUGGCUAUCAGAGGUAUUCAGCUGUGUAUCAUGGAGGGCUGAGUGUAUUAUCAUUUUUUGACUGCACUUAUUGGCUCCCCCUCACAGGUCGAUCCUGUGCUAUACAGCAAAAACAGCUGCUGAACAAUUAGUUUGGAACAAAAUCCUAUAUCCACUUGACCCUCUGUGGCACAGCAUUCAAAAACAGUUAAAUACUUCUGUUAGAGAUCAUUGAGUAACUAACAAAGUGGUGCUAUCAGUGACACAAA